AUGGAGGAACUCUCCACUUUAAAGAUCGCUUUUAUCCCUGUAUUUCGAGCCCGUGACGUCAUCGAGCGACUCCCGAGUUCCAUUAACUUCAGCCCAAACAAGAACGGAGCACCAACAAAAAGCCCCUACCCCAGAGCCCCCAACCCCAGAGCCCCCUACCCCAGAGCCCCCAACCCCAGAGCCCCCAACCCCAGAGCCCCCUACCACAGAGCCCCCUACCCCAGAGCCCCCUACCCCAGAGCCCCCUACCACAGAGCCCCCUACCCCAGAGCCCCCUACCCCAGAGCCCCCUACCCCAGAGCCCCAUACCCCAGAGCCCCCUACCCCAGGGCCCCCUACCUCAUAGCCCCCUACCCCAGAGCCCCCUACCACAGAGCCCCCAACCCCAGAGCCCCCUACCUCAUAGCCCCCUACCCAAGAGCCCCCUACCCCAGAGCCCCCAACCCCAGAGCCCCCUACCACAGAGCCCCCAACCACAGAGCCCCUACCCCAGGCCCCCUACCCCAGAGCCCCCUAACACAGAGCCCCCUACCUCAUAGCCCCCUACCACAGAGCCCCUACCCCAGGGCCCCCUACCCCAGAGCCCCCUACCCCAGAGUCCCCUACCCAAAAGCCCCCUACCCAAAAGCCCCCUACCCAAAAGCCCCCUACCCCAGAGCCCCCUACCCAAAAGCCCCCUACACCAGAGCCCCCUAUCCCAGAGCCCCCUACCCAAAAGCCCCCUACCCAAAAGCCUCCUACCCCAGGGCCCCCUACUCCAGAGCCCCCUACCUCAUAGCCCCCUACCCCAGGGCCCCCUACACCAGAGCCCCCUACCCCAGAGCCCCCUACCCAAGAGCCCCCUACCCAAGAACCCCUUACCCCAGAGCCCCCUACACUAGGGCCCCCUACCCAAGAGCUCCCUACCCAAAAGCCCCCUACCCAAGAACCCCUUACCCCAGAGCCCCCUACCCCAGAGCCCCCUACAUCACAGCCCCCUACCCCAGAGCCCCCUACAUCACAGCCCCCUACCCUAGGGCCCCCUACCCAAGAGCUCCCUACAUCACAGCCCCCUACCCCAGAGCCCCCUACAUCACAGCCCCCUACCCUAGGGCCCCCUACCCAAGAGCUCCCUACAUCACAGCCCCCUACCCCAGAGCCCCCUACAUCACAGCCCCCUACCCCAGAGCCCCCUACAUCACAGCCCCCUACCCUAGGGCCCCCUACCCAAAAGCCCCCUACUUCAGGGCCCCUACCACAGACACCCCUACCACAGAGCUCCCUACCCUGACUAUUGACCACCCCACACCCCGAAUCCGUUGGAUAAGCAGUGAGUCACGGCGAGGUCUGGGGUUCAAAUACAAGCCAGGCCACCUGACCAGAGGAGCCGUGCAGCACGGCAUAUCUCCGUACUGCAUGGAGCUCGAUGAAGCACACCUCAACAAUGACUUUUGUGACGCAGAAGCACACCUCAACAAUGACUUUUGUGACGCAGAAGCACACCUCAACAAUGACUUUUGUGACGCAGAAGCACACCUCAACAAUGACUUUUGUGACGCAGAAGCACACCUCAACAAUGACUUUUGUGACGCAGAAGCACACCUCAACAAUGACUUUUGUGACGCAGAAGCACACCUCAACAAUGACUUUUGUGACGCAGAAGCACACCUCAACAAUGACUUUUGUGACGCAGAAGCACACCUCAACAAUGACUUUUGUGACGCAGAAGCACACCUCAACAAUGACUUUUGUGACGCAGAAGCACACCUCAACAAUGACUUUUGUGACGCAGAAGCACACCUCAACAAUGACUUUUGUGACGCAGAAGCACACCUCAACAAUGACUUUUGUGACGCAGAAGCACACCUCAACAAUGACUUUUGUGACGCAGAAGCACACCUCAACAAUGACUUUUGUGACGCAGAAGCACACCUCAACAAUGACUUUUGUGACGCAGACGGUACAUGUUAA